AUGUCCGUGGUGCCGCCCAAUCGCUCUCAAACCGGCUGGCCGCGGGGGGUCAACCAGUUCGGCAACAAGUACAUCCAGCAGACCAAGCCCCUCACCUUGGAGCGCACCAUCAACCUGUACCCUCUUACCAAUUAUACUUUUGGUACAAAAGAGCCCCUCUAUGAGAAGGACAGCUCUGUUGCAGCCCGAUUUCAACGCAUGAGGGAGGAAUUUGACAAAAUUGGAAUGAGGAGGACUGUGGAAGGGGUUCUGAUUGUACAUGAGCACCGACUGCCCCAUGUGCUACUGCUCCAGCUGGGAACGACUUUCUUCAAACUACCUGGUGGUGAACUUAACCCAGGAGAAGAUGAAGUUGAAGGACUAAAACGCUUAAUGACAGAGAUACUAGGUCGUCAAGAUGGAGUCCUGCAAGACUGGGUCAUUGAUGACUGCAUUGGUAACUGGUGGAGACCAAAUUUUGAACCUCCUCAGUAUCCAUAUAUUCCUGCGCAUAUUACAAAACCUAAGGAACAUAAGAAGUUGUUUUUGGUUCAACUUCAAGAGAAAGCCUUGUUUGCAGUCCCUAAGAAUUACAAGCUGGUAGCCGCGCCACUGUUUGAAUUGUAUGACAACGCCCCGGGAUACGGACCCAUCAUCUCUAGUCUCCCUCAGCUUUUGAGCAGGUUCAAUUUUAUAUACAACUGA